AUGCCGCGCACCCCCGCUCGCGCCUUCCGCUCCCUCGCGCUCAUCGCUCUGGCCGCAGCGGCCAGCGCGCUGUCGCUGGCCCGAGAUUCAGCGCCGAAUCUGUGCAGUCUUGUCGAGAUUCAGCGCCGGCGGUCGACAAGACUGUGCAUCUAUACCGUGCCCGCGCUGCUCGUCUCCAACUCGUCCGUGAACGCGCUGCGUCCGCCUCUGCCCGGGCAGCCUGUGUGGCGCUCAACCGCGACCGGCUUCACCUCCAACCCUGCCGUCGCCUCCGCUUGGCAGCACCGAGCCUCCCUGCACUGCGCCGCGCCUGCCAGCUCCCUCGGACCAGUUGCGGGCGUGGGAUCUGGCGAGGCGGCGGACGGCACCGAGGCCGCGGAUGGCGCUGAGGCAGCCGGCGCGCUGUCGUGCCCGUCUCGCGCCAACCAGUCCAACGAGUCAUACGACACCCUCCCCGAGCACUGCGCGACCGACCCGCUGCUCGCGCCGGCCGACCUUCUCUCGCCGGCCGCGCGCUCGCCGCUCUCCGCGCCGGACUCGCUCUCCUCCGUGCACGCGCUGCGACCGCCGCUGCCCGGGCAGCCGACUUGGUGCUUGGCUGCCGCGUGUGUUGGCCUCCCCGCCAACUCCGCUGUCGCCUCCCUGUACUGCGCGUCGGAUGCCGGCUCCCUCGGACCGGAGGCGGGCGUGGGACCUGCCGUGGCGGCGGACGGAGCCGAGACCGCGGACGCGCACUUCGACAGGGCAGCGCAACGUCAGCAGAGUCAACUCGAGUGUCAACGGCCUACGUGCGGCACCUUGCCCUCCGAGGCGGUCAAGCUCGAGAGAACCAUCCCGUGUGGCAUCUACGCUGCCAACGACGACUCGCUCCCGCCGGGAUCUGGGUCGACCAGUACCGAUGGCGUUCGAGCACCAGGACGAGGAGGCGCCGUUCUCGCGUCUCCCGUCCCCGACAACUCCGACAUGGACAUCUUCGUUGGCGGCACGCCCGUCAACGAGACCAUCGCCAGCCUCUUCUCUUGCGACGCCUCUCCGCCGCCCGCCGACGAGGACUCGCGGGUGAGCAUCUUCUCCGUCAUUUACACGCUCAUCGUCUUCGUCGUGAAACUGUGUCGGGCCGCCGCGUUCGCCUUACUCUCAAUCAUGUACACGCUGGUCGCCUGCCUCGUGGACAUGCUCCGGGCCCUCGUCUUCACCCUCUUCUCACUCGCCUUCGACAUCGCGUGCACGCUGGUCUCACUCGCCUUCGACAUCACGUGCACGCUGGUCCCCUGCCUCGUCGAUUUGUUCCGCGCUGCCGCCGUCGCCUUCUCCGGCAAAGCGGCUGACGACUCGUCCUACCUGGGCAUCGCCCACUGUGGCCUCGCGAGCCGGCGCGAGUACCGCGACACCUUCCGGCCAUGGCCCGGAGGCCCACAUGGCGGCCGCCAGCUGAUAAGGAGUCUUCUGAAGCACAAGUGGCUCACGCCUCUCGCCUUCGUGUGCGCCAUCUACGCGCCCCCGCUUCUUGCGAUCGUGGUUCCGACGUACGCCCUCGUCAUCGAUCUGGCGCGCCUCGUCCUCUGGCUGGCGCGCCUCGGCAUCUAUCUGGCGCGCCUCGUCCUCUGGCUGGGGAUGCUUCUCCUUGGCACGACAGUCGGCAUCAUCAUCGCCGUCCGCUUCCUGCCUCUGCUGCUCGCGUCGUCCUACUGCACGGCGUCUUUCCUCCCGCGUCUACCGGCUUGGGCAGUCCCCGCCUCCUUCGACGUCGCUGCCAGCUUCGCCUUCGCCUACUUUGCGGGCUGGCUUCUGCACCGCCGCAUCCCGAAGCUUGCGAUGCCGCUGCUGGUGCAGGUCCUCGGCGUGCUCGGUGGCGUCGCAGCCGAGGAUGGCGAGGCGAGCGCAGCAGCGGGAGCGUCGGCGCUGGCAACGGCGGGUUGGGUCCUCGGCUCGUUGCACGGCGUGCUCGCCUCGGGGAGCAGCGGCGCGUCCGCAUCCAGCAGCAGCGGCGCCUCCGCAUCCAGCAGCAGCGGCGCGUCCGCAUCGAGCGGCGGCUCCGUGCGUGCGGCGAGGCGCCGCCGUGUUGAGCGGCAAGAGCGAUGGGCCGCGGCCAAGGCAGCAGAGGUCAUCUCAUCGUGCUCGCGCCGAGACAACGUGGUGAACGCCAUCAAGGCGGGGACGAAGGGGACGACGGUGCCCGAGGCGAUGAAGCACGGCCUCCCUCUUUACCACGUUACGCCGACGGCCGUUGACCGCAAGGGCUGGAUGCUGCCCGCCUUCUCCCGCGACGCGAUCCCGCUCUUCGAGCGUUGCGGUCGAGAGACCUUCCUCAAGCCGCUGUCCCCGUCGAAGGCCGGCGUCGACCGCAGCCGACUCGGCGGCGUCUUGGACCACGAGGACAAGCGAGUCUGGGUGGCCGGCUCACUCGAGGAUGCUCUGCUCAAGGUGCGGCGGCGAGAGGGCAAAAAGCACGACCUGUCGAGGGAAUCGCCGGCGUACACCAUCGUCAUGAUCUUCCCUUCGCACCCGCUGUACCGCACGUUCGACAACGCUCUCACCACCGCUUGCGCAAACCUCGGCGAGGGCGGGUCGUCGCUGCACCCGAUCCUCAUCGACGACCUCGAUGCCCGCGGCGUCCCCGGCAUCGGCCUCGUGGAGCUCUCGAUGGCCGGCGGGGCGAAGGCGCGAAAGCUGCCGCAAGUUCUCGGGAUGGCGCCGCCACCGAGGCCAGACCCUGCCAAGCCAGAGCCCAAGAACACGGCGGUCGAGCAGUGGAUGGUCGACGCGAUGACGAACGCCGUCGAGGCCGCCGUGGGCGCGACCGGGCUCGACGGCUGCUACUUCCACGUCUCUCCCUUCACGCUCGACGGAGUGCGCGAGCGGGGGCUGCACGGGGGGCGGAGCCGUGCCUUCAACAAGAGACCAAACGGCGAGACGUACAUCGAAGCGGACACACUGUCGCACGUCGACGCGGCCGCACGCGCGCUCGGCAGCAGCUCGCUCAACCACGACCCCACCUUUGGCUGGUGGUCGACCUCGCUCUCUCGCGCGCUCAAGCACGUCGUGUCUCGGGAGCGCAACGCCAAUGUCUCAAAGUACACGGUAGCCAUCGUCUUCCCCGCGCACAUGAUGCACGAGACGUUUGAAAACUUCUACUCGGCCAUCUACGCCAACCUUGGCUUCGAGGGUAUCGUCACAAUCCAUCCCGUCCUGAUUGACGCGCCAAAGGGGGCGAUCGACGGCCUCAUCGUCCUGGAAGUGACGCUGCCGAGCGACGUCGAGCCAACGUCGACGGCGACGGUGCGCCGCUCGCGCCCUUGCGUCGGCGUCGCGUGGCGGCGAGGCUUCGGCUCCUUUGACGCGUGGUUUGGCGGGCCGGGCGGGGUGCUCGACGGCCUCAGGUCGACGCUGGCGCCGGAGACCGUCGCAGCUCUCGACCCGAGCAUCGAGGCGGCCUCCACCGCGUGCCCGCUGCUCUUCCACAUCGUGCCCAAGCGGUGGUCGGCACUCAGCCCUUCGGACAAGCUCGAGGCUCGCUCGCUGCGGUCGCCCGAGAUUGAGGCGAUGCUCUUCGAGGGCAAGGCGCCCAAGCCCGGCGUGCAGAAGCUGCUGUGGGCCGGCAAGUCGCUAAGGGAGGUCUUUCUGCAUGUGAUGCGAUCCGGCCCGCCGCCCGAGGCUUGGACCGUCGUCGCAGUCGACCCGACGCACCUCGAUUUCUUCAAGUUCAAAUCGGCGUGGGGAGGGGGCGGCCGCUACCGCACCUCGAGGUCGCCGCUGCGGCUUGAGACGUCCGGGCUGCUCGUCUUCGAGGUCACCCGCGCGGCCGAGAGGGGCGAUGGAGGCGCGCCAAAGCUGCACAUCGAAGUGAAGGUGGAGCGCUUGGCCAGCGAACGCGACGUGAAGGCGGCGCUGGAGAAGCAGCGGACGGAGGCGUCCGCGAGCAGCCUCGGCCUCAGCAACGAGCAGUACGCGCUCAUGGUGGAGAAGUCGAAAGACGGACACGGAAGCUCUACGCUCAAGGAGCAGCUGCUGGAUGCCGACUUCCGGGACGCGCUCCUCGGCCUCGCCAACCUGCUCGGCGGGUCGCACAUGCUGCCGGAGGUGAUGUGCAACACGCUGCCCUCACACCUCCUCGACCCCCGCUUCCUCGACGCGGUGCUCGAGCUCGCCGAGGAGGCGGGCGGGCUCGAGACGCUGCCAAAGCUCAUGUGCAACUCUCUCGCCUCCAAUAUCCUCAAGCCCGGCUUCGCCGACGCGGCGCUUGAUCUCGCCGAGAAGGCGGGCGGGCUCCACACGUUGCCACGGAUGAUGUGCAACAGCCUCGCCGCCAACCUCCUCGUGCCCGACUUCGCCGUCGCGGCGCUCGAUCUCGCCAAGAAGGCGGGCGGGAUCCACACGUUGCCACAGAUGAUGUGCGACAGCGUCGCCGCCAACCUCCUCGAGCCCGGCUUCGCCGGCGCGGCGCUCAAGGUUGCCGAGAAGGCGGGCGGGGCCGACCAGCUGCCGGGCUUGAUGUGCGACGGCCUAGCUGCACGCCUCCACAUUUCCGACUUUACCACCGACCUCCACGCCAUCCUCGACAUCGCCGCGGAGCUCGACGUUGACGUUCCAAUGACGCUCGUGCGGCUUGUGAAGUAUUCGCCCUUUUUGGACUUCAUGUCGUCCAUCCGCAACCGCCUCAAGGAGCUUCCGAACGACCACGAGCGCAGACUGUGCCUGCGAGGGCUUGCGGGCGACAGGUCGAAAAAGUUCGACACCAUCAAGCAGUGGGGACUCGUCGCUUCCAACUACAUCUCGAUGCACCGCCAGUCCAAGGCCGCCGAGGGCGGCGGUGGCGUCGGCAAGCGCAAGGCCGCCGGAGGCGGGUCGGGCGGCGGCAAGCGCGCCAAGCCGCAGUGGGCGGAGGGCCAGCUUGUGGAGGUUCAGGGCGACUGCGGCUACAAGGGCUCGUGGUGGCCGGCGAAGAUUCGGGAGAUCGCCCCUCCACCCAAGCAGUCGGCCACGGUCGUCUACUCCUACAACGGCACGGAAACCGACACCGUCGCGAAGCGUCGCUUGCGCCCGGUGCCUGAGGUGGCGCCGCUCGCGGAGAAGGAUCUGGGGGUGGGGAAUUGUGGUGACUGA